UUGGUCAAUGUACAUGUACACAUAGAAAUAUAUUUAAAGAUAAUAUUUAAAAAAUACUGUCGAAUAAGUUAUAUUUUCGCAGUAACAAAAUUUCAAGUUAACCAUAAUCAUUCGAUUCGAUAUGAAAAAUUACAAUAAUGCAUUCGUUUCAGUUAAAUUAUAGUGAUUGAGAAUCAAACCUCAUUGUGAUAUCUGCCAUACUGAAAUCGUAUGCUUGGAUUUCUUAGAAUAUGUUUCGCAUAAAAAUCAAGUCUAAAGAAUAUUAAUGUAUCAAAUGGUUUAUAUUCAUAAAUAAGUUAUGCAUUUCUCAAAAAAUGUUUAAACAACAAAAUCUGGCUUGAUUUCCUAGACCACGUUUAAUCAAUUAAAUCUAUCAUACGUACUAGUGAAUCUUUCGUUUUUAACCCUACACACUGCGUAAAUUCAACUCGCAUUUAAAGAAUUAGAUAAAAUUCAUGGAGUAAGAGAAUUAAACGGAUCCAAUAUCACAGAACAAAAGAGUUCAUACUACAUGUGGAUAUAUUUUGUACUAACAAUUUACAAUAAUGAUGUUAACACCGUCAGCAAUACCUUCCACUUCAUUAAGUGGUUCGAGGGUACCAAGUCCUAUCAGUGAUACAUUCGAUGAUAAUCCGAACAGAUUAACAACAUACUUACACCAGCUUGCUGGAUGCUAUGAAAUGGAAGUUGAUAUGAUCACAAGGGAUCAUUGUUAUGCCAGACCAUGGAAUUGGAAACCAGAAAAUAUAUACGUGAAACCAAUAAAAAAAUUAUUUUUUCCUAAAAAAAAUUCAUCAACGGAGAAACCUGUUCAGGACGAAGAAAUUGACAUUGAAGAAGAUUGUAAUGAAUUAUUGGUACCACCAGUUGAUUUAACAAGAUGUAAACAUCAAAUGGAUGAACUUCAAAGCUUAGCAAAUUUUGCUAGGCCAGAUGAGAAUGCAGAUUGGGAAGAAAGUCUUGAUAAAAUUUCAUGGACACCUGUUCAAAACAGAAUAUUCACCAAAGUUCUUAAAAUAUUAAAUUCAGAGAGGCUUGCAAGGUUAGCCAAAUCAGCUAAUGCCAUAGAACCAAUAUUUCGACGGACAUCAGUUGAUACAGCUGCAAGGAGGUUUCGAGAAACAUUAGCUUCUGCAGGUUGGGACUGGAGGCUUGCUCAAUGGUUGCAUAGUUUAUUGUUCGAUCAUCUUCCUCAAGAGUACCUCGGAAUUUAUUUGGAUAUAUUGCAAACUUUAAGACUGAAAAUUCCUCAACUUAUUGAUAAGAUGAUUGCCGUGCAACCAAAUAUUACUGCAAAAACAGGUUCUAUAACAUGGGAAACUCUUGGAUCGCUUCUAAAGAGAUCAUGGGAUCCGAUUACUCCAAGUUUAAAUGGCAAUAGACUUAGAAAAUUACCGGGAAAUCCAAUACUAAUAAUAACACCUUCUGGAGUUGGCUCUAACAUGUCGUCAAGACAACACAAGUGGAUGUCACAAUUAGGAGCUUUAGGAAUGGUUGUUACUGUACAUACGCAUGUAGGUUUAGCAGCUAAUAGAAUGACUAUGAUGGUGUGUAUCGAUCAAUUAGUUCAAGCCACCAGAACGAAAAUACAAGAUAUCAGAAGCGAUUGUCCCGGUCGACCAAUAAUACUAGUUGGUUUUAAUGCUGGUGCCGCUCUUGCGUGUCAGGUAGCACAAAUGGAACAUGUAACUGCAGUUAUUUGUCUCGGAUUUCCCUUUUCUACGGUCGAGGGAAAGAGAGGUACACCUGAUGAUGCAUUGAUGGACAUUCGUUGUCCAGUUAUGUUUAUCAUCGGGCAAAAUGCUACGCUUGUAAGGCCCGACGAUUUAGAAGAUCUCAGAGAAAAGAUGCUGGUUGAAACAAGUUUGGUGGUAGUUGGAACUGCGGACGAUCACUUAAGGAUAUCCAACACGAAGAAAAUAUCAGAGGGUAUCACACAGAGCAUGGUCGACAGAUGUAUUCUGGACGAGAUCGGGGAUUUUGUAGGCAGCAUUCUUUUACAACCGCAACCGUUACCUUUGAGAUCAACGUUAUUGUCAAAUUUUGACAGUAAGAACAACAGGAAAGAACCGCGGAAACGAAGGAACUCGACGAGCAGUUCUGUAGAAAGCGAACCAAAUUCUCCAACUGUAAAAAAGUCCCGACCAAACACACCUAUUUCUUCAGGAGUAUCCGUUGGACAGAACACUUCAUCGGCGACAGUUUCUAAAGUAGGGUCGUUCAACGCACAGUCAAACCUAGUAACGCCAAGUGUGGCGCAUACAAGCCAUACGCAUACUGUGAAACGCAAGCCUCGUGUAAUUAAUAAUCAAAAAGCGCACUUCGUAGAACAUUUAAUAACGUCUAGGCUUUCUGGUCAGCAGAAUUCGAAUUCGGACAAUGGUGGUAUAACAUUGAACAUUGGUUCGUUGGCAAGUUUAGCACCUAUUGGUCCCAUACGUUUAGCUCCAGCAUCAACUAGUCAAAGCAUGUCUUCUGCAGUUAAAAAUAGUACUAAAUCCUCAGUUUCCUCAACUAAAGUGCCUAAGAUUGUACCGACAAACGUUCAACUGCAAAAUGUCUCAAAGAUGAAAGCAAUAGUGUCAUCGGGUAAAGGAUUUUCUAAAGUAAUAUCAAAUAACUACAGGCACCUUAAUAUGCCUGAUAAAAAUGGAGAUGCGAAAUUGGUCAAUGUGUUAACAACAUCAGGAAAUCAAAUUAGAGUUGCUACUCCAAAUACUGCAGUAAUACACAGUAAAUCCGGAGUUGGAACAUCGAACGGAAAUUUACCAAACAUGUUACAAAAUGGCAAAACCUCUCUCACACUUGCCACUGGUUCAUCUACACGCGUACCAGCAGCAUCUAGUAUUUUAUUGACCCCAAACAGUUCUACGGCAAAUAGUGUAGCACCAACUUCAUCCACAAUAUCAAAAGUGAUGGACGACAUGGCAACGACCAGUAACUCUUCACAUGCGAUGCUCAGUUCUACUCAUUCAUUGGAUACGUUCAAGAUGUCACAAUUACCUCGACAAGUAACAACCUGUAACAACAACGAUAACUCUCAUAAUACAUCAUGUGGGAAUAUAAUUAUGGUUGAAAGUUCUCUUAAUGCUAAACCUACUUGUUCGUCAGUGAUAGUGCCAUUGAAUAAUCAUAGUUCAGGAACUAUUUUGCCACUAUCUAACAAAUUAAAAGCUACACAACGAUCUACAAAAACAAUGCCAAAAAUCACAGUGAACACAUCCAAUUUACAAAGAAUUCACAAAGCGAAACCUCAGGCUAUACAAAAGAAUUGCCUCUCAAAUGAUAUCGAUGACGAUUUAGGUAAUAUAUUGGACAUACCAAUCAUAUUUGCGAAAGAUGAUGACAAUUUAAAUUCCAUUGAAAAAAAUUCGUCUUUGUCGCAAGCAUCUGUACCCAUAGAUGUCCAUGAGAAAGGUACAUCCAAAUUAAACAGUAAUACUAAAGUCGUUCUCAUAAGUAACAAGCAAGAUAAACUGCAACAGGCAACUAACAAAUUUCUUGCACCCUCCACUCAGACUAUUAUAUGUCCUAAUGUAGGUGUUCAAAAUCUAAAUCACGUUAUAUUACAAACGCGACCUCAAAAUCCUACAAUAUCUAAAACUAAAACUACAAUCCCCAUACAGACACGUACAAACCAACCCACUAUCAAAUACACUAAAAUAAUACUUGCUAAAAGAAAUUCACAGCCACCUCAUCAAAAUGAUAAAAAUGAACAGGUAAUUGUUACAAAGACAAUUGACAAGAUUAAUGCACCUAAACUUUUGAGCCUUGAUAAAACUGCACAAAUCACAUCAAAGAAAUUAAUCAGAAGCGAAGAGAAGUUUAUAGAUGAAACAUUAGAAAUAGAGGAUGCAAUAAAAAUGAAUAUCAUAGAACGUAAAUAUAUACCUGUACAGAAAAUUGACUUAUCAUCACCAACAAAAUAUGAUAAUGUAAAACAAACUUCGUGUGAAACAAAGAUAGAUGAAGAGACUUAUUCAGAGAACACUAAAAUUGUUGAUGGAUUAUCAAAAUGUAAAAUGCCUAAUCCCAUAUAAGGGAAUAGGAUGAUUAUGUAAAUGACACUGGUUAAACAGCUUUAAUAGUAAUUAAUUAUAUAUUGUUCCUCAUUAUAGUGUAAGAGUAAUGAAAAUGCAAUGCUACUUUGUACAAAAGGAGUGACAUGUAUAGAUCUGUUCUGUGAGUUUUCACAGAUACUAUAUAGAAUGCAUUUCACAGAAACAAAAUUAUUAGUCAGUAAUUAGUUAUCUUUGCAAAGAAAUAUCAUACGGAAUAUUUUGUUAUGUCAAUAUUGAGAUACUACAUUUUUUUAUAGUAUACACUUCACAGAAAGUUGCAAGCGAUUUUCGUUCUUUUUUCUUCGAAUGAAAUUUAAAAUGAAUAUAUGUAGACUGAUAAUCUUCGAAUAAGAAUUAAAGCUUUUAGUUGAGUACAAGUUAUUUAUUACAAACUUAUCUUAUUAAGUUGCUGAAGUUUUAGAAGGCGAGUAAGGAAGUAUCAUUCAACAUGUGUUCAAUUAUCUUAAUUCAAUCUCGUAUUCUACUGAUUGUGAUAAGAAAAAAUAUGUACAUUGUAAAUACAUGGCAAUGAUUUAUGAAUAUGCGAAACGUAAUUAUUGUUGCACACUCGUUUCAUUGACAAAUUUUCUAGUUGUGAUAAAAUUAUGCUCUUUAAUUUAUUUACUUUGGAGUAGAUUGUGUACAAGGCAUCGAGGACUGUAAUAAUUAUUUACAACAAAGUAUGUGAAGUUUAAAUGAAUACACUACUCAUUUCUUUCUUGUAAUUUGCGUUACAUGUAAUGUUAACUGCUAUACUCAUUAUAAAAAUCUACGUAUCCAUCUGCAAAUAAUUCGAUGUUAUUUAUACUAUUAACAUAAUCCCUGAAUUUGUUAUUAACGAAGUGAUGCGUUAUUAUCUUCUUGGUAGUUGUCUUUUUGGGAGCUGGUACAGCUGGUUUGAAUACGACACCAGUAGGAUCAUAUUCGCUGUACAGUUCUUCCGGUGUUCUAUAAUAAAUUAAACAACUUGCAUUGCGUGUUGAAAUAUGCCACUUAAUAUAAACCAAAUAUCUCACUUACAAUUUUGCAAUUUCAACGGGCAAACUACCUUCUCCGGUUGGUGGUACACUCCAAGCUAUGUUUUUUGCUAUUUUUUGUACAGCACUAUGAUAAUGCCGCUAGCGUUAAAACAAUAAAAACAUAAGUAUUCGGUAGAAUUUAUGAUGAUAAUUAAUAAUAUUUAAUAAUUUAUAUAGAGACAUACUUGCAAAGCUGCAAGUUCCCAUAAUGCGGUACAAUGCGCAUUACAACAUUCAGGUUCUUCUAAUUCUGGCUGAUAGAAGCCAUCUCCGGUACUGCAAUCUGUAUCCAGUAAAACGUUUGCUGUUUUUCCAAGUUGCAUACUUUGUUUCACUACACCGAGAAUACUGAGUGCUGUAUUAUGCUGAGAUUGUAAAGUCAUAACAGCCAUUCUUUUGAGAAAUGCUAUCAAACGAUUUGGCGUAAUUCUUUUUCUUCUGUGAAUUAGAACUUGUACUAAAAUUUUAAUGAGAAUCUCGGACUCUGGGUGAGUCUUGCCACAGUGGAUACUUAUUAAAUUUUUAUAUAGAUGCACAUAAAACCUGCAGAAUAAAAUUGUACAUUGACUUUUCUUGAUUAAAACAUAAAUCGCUUUUUUCAACACACACACACACACACACCUGUAAGGAUCAAUGUUUAAUGAUAACCCUUGACCUGAUAAUAUCGUGAAUACACAUUGAAUGCAAUGCAAUUGAUCUCUUAGUCUCAAAUUUCCUUCAUCCAUCAACUUAUCUAUGGCAGUUACCAAAUCCUGAUAAAAGUCUAAAUUUAUGCAAUGUGCAAACCUAUAAUUAUUAUAUAGAGUUAAAUAUCGUAUGAUACAAUAUCGUGUGUGAUUAAAUAUUAAUAAAAAUUACUAUACUUUGCAAGGCCUUCCAAACAGACAGAUAAAAUUUUGCUAUUUGGAGCUUGUUUCAAAAUUCUAAAGUACAUAGUGAACACUAUGCUGGUGAUUUCAGUGAGAAGCUUCUGUUUAGAUUGUUUGUUCUCUUCUGCUUUGGUUUCAAGUAAUUCUUUUUCUACUUGCUCGAGUUUUUUAUUCUUCUUUCUUUCUCGUUUACUUAAAGCCAAAAUUCUUUGCUUGUGAGACAUGAGUUUCUUUUGUUUGCUUUCCUCUUCUUUCUCUUUAUCCAAAUUUAUAUCUUUUAUACGAAGACAUAAAAGUACAGACAUAACUUCAGAAUGAACAGAAUGAGCUUUUGCUUUUACAUACUGAUUCAGUCUACGUACUAUCUAAAAAUUGGAAUGAUAUAAGUAAUUCUUUGAGAUAGUAAUUCAUGCAAGAUAUAAUACCAGUGUAAAUUUCUUACUGUAAGGGAUAAUUCAGCUCGUUUAUCUUCUUUGAAUAUUUGGGAAAUGCAUUUGGCC